AUGAUUAUCUCAUUAUUAAGAUUAAUAUUAUUCAUUCUAUCGUUAUUGUUGAUUAUCAUUACUACAACAAACGCAAAGAUACAAGACACUGAAUGCUUGCCAACUUGUUUUCAAGGUAGUUCCGAAUUCAAAGAGUAUUGCGGUACAUCAAAUGUAUGCUACAGUAUUUACCUAGAGGACAUACAUCUUGGCUGUGAGAAUAUAAUAAUUUAA